AUGCCUAUUCCAUGGUUCAACAAAAACAGAGUAACCCAAUUUUCUCAAAUCAUCGCCGAUCUUCAGUCAUCCAAACGCGGUGCUUCUCCUAUCGUCGCUCAUACCGGUUUCCCUGCCACCCUCGUCGCUCUCUUGAUCAAUAACCGUAGCCGCUUCACAAGACCCAAGUCCGACAAACCGUUUCAUCGCCAAACUUCUGAUCCACCGUCGCCAGAGAUACCCAGUUUAACCACCGAGUUGGAUCGCCACGAGUAUCCGAGUUUGACUCUGUGGGCCACCACCGACGCAAAUGAUGGGGUUAAUGAUUCGGGUCGUGGGGUGAAUCGGGUUGAAAAGAACAAUGACGGGUCCGGUUCAAAAACGUUACUUGUUACCUUUUUAAUGAUGUUAGUGAUUGUCGUUUCGAUCGCGAGCGUUGAAAAACUAACCGUCGGGAUCACUGUUUCAGCAUUUGCGCUUCUGUUUCUUGAAUACCUGCGGAAGCGUGUGGAAAUUAAGGUUGUCGAAGCUGAAUCGUGUGUAACUGAUUCCUUCGAAGAAAUUGAGGUUGUCGGUGUAUGUUCUUCUAAGGAUGAUGUUCUUCAACUGAACUGUGUAAAGGGAGACAAGAAGUUAGAUUGUUCUGAUUCAAAUGAAAAGGUUGUGGAUUCAUGUCACGUUUCAGUUAAAGUUAGCCGCAGUGUUAAGUUGAAAUCAAAGUUGAAGAAAUUUUUGAGUAAAAAAUUGCAAAGUUGUGGAAAAGAGGCAAAGGAAAAAAGAGGUAAAGAAGAUUGUUGGAGUAAAGAAGUUGAAAAGGAUUGUGAGAUAAAAGAGGAGGUGGAUAGUGGGAGUAAAUCACCAUUGUUGCAUAAUGUUAAACUAGAAAACAUGAUGGUGAAUAGUGAAGAGAAAAAGAGAACAGAGAGAGUUGGGAAUUCAGGUUACUUAGUUUUAUUUGUAAUUGCACUUGUUGGGCUUGUAGUGGGUCGUUUACCAGCACUUAUACUUACAAUGACAUGGUGUUUCGUAAUGAAGAUAGUUACGAUACGAGGAAGAUCUAAGAUCAAAUGUUCGGUUCCAAAUUCUUGA